GUGAUUGUCAAAUCUGCGGGAAUAAUAUUGCUAACAAUUAUUUUUGUUGUAGGUACCUCUAGUAUUGAUACAACCUGCACUAUUUGGGGUCUGGAAACAGGACAGGUUCUGGGAAGAGUAAAUCUGGUCUCUGGCCAUGUUAAGACACAACUCAUUGCACAUGACAAAGAGGUGUAUGACAUCGCGUUCAGCCGCGCGGGUGGCGGGAGGGACAUGUUCGCGUCCGUUGGUGCGGACGGCUCCGUGAGGAUGUUCGAUCUCCGUCACCUGGAACACAGCACCAUCAUUUACGAGGACCCCCAGCACCACCCGCUGCUGCGGCUCUGCUGGAACAAGCAGGAUCCCAACUACCUUGCCACGAUGGCCAUGGAUGGCAUGGAGGUUGUGAUUCUGGACGUCAGAGUUCCCUGCACUCCCGUUGCAAGGUUAAACAACCACAGAGCGUGUGUAAAUGGAAUUGCUUGGGCACCUCAUUCUUCCUGCCAUAUUUGCACAGCAGCGGACGACCAUCAGGCUCUCAUCUGGGACAUCCAGCAAAUGCCUCGUGCCAUUGAGGACCCUAUCUUGGCCUAUACAGCAGAGGGAGAAAUCAACAAUGUACAGUGGGCAUCGACUCAGCCAGACUGGAUAGCUAUCUGCUACAACAACUGCCUGGAGAUUUUGAGAGUCUAACAUUACUGCUUCAUGCCACAUCGAGGCAGGGCUGUAUUAUUUCCCCUCCCCUCUAAAGUAAGAACAACACAAGUCAAGUGGCCAGUAUCUGUUGUUGCUUUGCAUCUACUGUUCCAAGAAACUGUUACGAGAAUUAAUGGCAGGUGUUUCCUGCUGCUCCAAGACUCUAAAAUGCAGAGACAUGCUGAGCCUCUUGGACCUUCUGGGUUCUGGUUUUACUUUUUUUUCCCCUCAGUUAAAAAGUUCUGUAUAUUUGUUUGUUGACUGUGUUAAUAAGCUUGCAGGCUUUAAGUUGCUGCAUAUGUCCAUGUGUUUGUCAGCCAGCUGAGGUAACACAUUCAACUAGUUUAAUAGCUAAGUGCAAAACACGGUGGGGUAAAGACACUGUUGUUAACAGCCACCUUGGCAGGAAUCUUUAUUGUUCCUGUUGUUUCUGCCUCUAAACUGUUUAAACAUUUGUAUGUUUUUUAUAUAUUGGGCUAACUUUCUAUUGAGUAAGGCUUUUCUCCCUAAUUCUUACUUUUGAUAUGUGAUCCACUUCCAUAUGCCCAAAGCAGGAUCCUGUUCGUAGGUAGAAAUCACAGUAACACUGUUGGCUCCCUGGCAGGAAAGGCCUGCCAGAAUGAACUGUUGCCUUGGCUCUCUACACCUGGUUACCUGGUGCUGUGAAGUACAAGUACUUGUUGCACAAUUUCUUUAGACUUUUCUGAUGCUAUAGGCAAUUGUUAAGAUGGUAGGCCUUGUUUUUAAAUUAUAACUCAAUUUACUGUGUCUCUCCUGAAGUUGUGGUAGGUAACAGAGUGGUAAUAGGUUUCAGAAAGAUGAUACGUGCAUGACUUGAGCCAUCUGUGAGAUAACUGACUUCUGGAAAAGGUGAUUUGUAAUGGACUUUGGAUUGACAUUUCCAAUCAAAUGAUUUCCCCUUAGACUUACUAUCUCAACUAAAAUAAAACGGUUUCACACUUUGUACCUUG